AAAUAAAGAGCACCCCAAACAAUCUGGUCUUGAAGAAUGUACAGCCAGAAGUGACCGGUCGAUAUAAAUGUGAAGUAUCCUCGGACGCUCCCAACUUUUAUACUUUGAUGCAAUCUGGAUAUAUGUAUGUGAUCGAUGUGCCUGCAGAAGAUCCCAUACUGACAAUGGACAAAGAAAUCUUAGAUACAGGAUACAGGUUGAAGGGAAAUUGUUCAGCCCCGUCUUCAUAUCCGCCUGCCAACAUCACAUGGCUUCUAAAUGGGAAACCGAUAAACAGCAGUUAUCAGCAGCGCAUUCAACCCCACGACUAUAACAUGAAGGUCAGCAGCACUUUCUCAGCCACCAGAAGGAUCCCCUUAGUGACGAUUUCCGGCAUUGAAUUGGCCGUCGACGAGAACAGUUUCCAAGGUGGGAAAGCUCGCGUUUCCUGCAUCGCCAAUGUUUUCCAUUUAUACAGACGAGAAAAGAGUAUCGUAUUGGACGAAGACAGGCCGAGACCUAGACCAUCUUCUGUCUUGGGGACACGGGACGCCAGUUCAGAAGCUGCGAAGUUGGUCAGCACUUUCUCCUUAUUCUUCUGUACUCUACAAAUAUUUGUCACAGUACGGUAACAAAUACAGGAAGAGGAAGUUGAACCCUGGUAAGAAUUUGGACUGAUAUCUGGUGACUUUAGUGAAUGAUAGUGAAGGAGUUAACACCAGAGGGUAUAACGAUGUGAUAUGGACCAAUAUGGCUUGUGUAAAUAUAAUUCACUGAUAAAAUGUAGACUUAAUCCGAUCCAAAUAUUAUUUGAGUUUAUGUAUUUUAUUCAAAAUUACUCAUAGAACUAAUUUUAAUGAAUGUUAUUAUGUCACUAAAAUCUAUAAAAUUAAAAACUGAAUUUUGUCGAUUUAAAUAACAAAAAAAAAUAAAAUUAAAUAAUCAGAUUUAACGGACGAUACUGUGAAAAAAUUAUUACGCUUGAAAUCGACCAUUAAAUUUUCAAAAUAUAAAUAAUCGCAAUAAAAUAACAUAAAAUAAAAAAUGAUAUAUUGUUAAUGUUAUUAAAGAACAUAUUUUAUGCAUUCUAGCAUCAAAUUCAUAUCAGCUGUUCACUUUAAUUUAUUUUAUUUAGCGUAAUGCUAAAGUUGAGUUUUGUGUAUAAACAAGGAGGAUAAAACAUUGCAAACAGUAAAUUAAUAUCAAUAAUUAAUUUCUAUAAAAAUAAUCUGCUAUGCAGACGAUGAAAUACUAAUCUCUCAAAGUGAAGAUGAUUUACAAUGUAUGCUGCACCAAUUUAACAUAACCGCCAGAAAAUUUAACAUGUUAAUUUCACCAAAAAAGCCGAAAUGCAUGGUUAUAACAGCAAAUCCAUAAAUUGGAGCUAGAGGGUCAGACAAUAGAACAAGUUAUGGAGUUUAAAUAUAGGCAUCACACUAUCUAGCUACGGAAGGCUCGAAACAGAAGCGGAAGAUCAAGUGAAUGAAGCAAAUAGAGCCGUAGGUUGUCUGAAUAAAACAAUAUGGAGAAAUAAAAAUAUUGGAAAAAAAUGAAAAGCAGAAUUUACAAAACAGUCAUCAGUAUAUUAUGUUACGGUUGAUGUAAUAAAUCCGGUCUGUAUUAAUAAUUACCGGUCAAUAUUAAUAGUAACCCUAGCAGCCUGUCAAUGUGAUUGGUAAUGCCUCUAUAUUUAAAUUUACCAGCUAUUACUAAUAAUUUCCUAACAAUUCUGGUCAAUGUAAUAAAAACGCAUUUUGGGCUUCACUAUUGUUUAUUUAUGAAAUUUGAUAAUAAAGUUAAACACUUAAACAGAAUUUAUUAAUAAAAAACUCAAGUAAACACCUUAUAAGUAAAAACAAACUCAUACACAGGCAUUAGGCUUUAAGUUACUAGACUAUAAUUACUUGUUUUGAUAGGAAAGUCUCUUGUGGCACUUAGAAUAAUUAAAAAGAAUGCUAAAUUUUUGCAUUUGCAGCGUUUUUUAUUGCAUUGGCCGCUACAAUUGCAGUGGCGGAAUCCUUGACUGCCUAAAUUCGAAUCUUUACGAACGCAUUCACUGAGACUUAUCUCAGGAUCAAGCGCUUCGUUGACUGAAAUAGUUGUUUCCUAGCAGGUGGUAAAUUUGUUUUUUGCAUGAAGUUAAUUUAAAUGUCAUGCUUAUUGCCUAGCUUGUAUAUCUUUCCAUCUAUCUUCUUCUUAAAGUGCCUACCUUGGCGAUCAUCAUGGCUAUCUUAACUUUGUUUACCGCAGCGCGGAACAGUUCAGUGGUAGUCGUGAUAUACCAUUUUCGUAAAUUUUGAAGCCAGGAAAGGCGUCUUCUUCCCGGUCCUCUUUUACCAUUUACCUUCCCUUGGAGAAUCAGUUGAAGAAGGCCGUAACGUUCUUGCUUUCUUAUUACUGACAUGUCCUAGAUGUCCUUUUUAUCUAUAACAGAAAUAAUAAUGGCAAUUAUGUUUCGGCUAUCGGCCUUAGCCGAUAUUAAUUUCUAGAAUUCGCACUCUAACACUUUGAUCUACUUUUUCAACUAUCAUUAGAAUGCUUUAAUAUUCUGUCAGAUUAUUUUAAAAUGUGACUGUUUAGCAAAAUCCCGAUUCUCCUGAAUUUUCUUUCGAAGUUUUAUCGAUUGCAGUACCAUCUUCUUCGCCUCCAUCAUUUUCUUUAACGCCAAUACUGGCAUUUUCUUGCUCAUUGACAGAAUUUAUCGCAAUCACAUUAUGUUCGAUUGGCUGCUAGUGUUACCUGUAUCUUCAAUAUUCGUUAACUGUGAAUCCUCGGUGAUAUUGUUGAGUUACAUAUCACCACGGGGCUUUACUUUAUCAUCAGCGUCAUCAGAAUGAUCUGCUAUUAUCGCUUCUAAAUCUUCUUCUGAUUUCGGAUAAAGUACCAGGAGGUAACUAUGUUUUUAAUAUCACUUUAUAGGCUAUUGAUUAUAUUCAAAAUAAGAUAGCUAAAAGGAACUACAACGUUAACGGGGUUUUAUUAUUUGAUAUGGUCAAUGGACAUCUAUGUAUGAAAAAACCGCGGAGUGCUACCAUUUAAAGGGGUGCGUUUUUGAGAAAUGGGUGAAUUAGU